AUUGCCCAAGGCUGGAACAAACAGCAGCACCUUGGUGUGCAGCUUUGGCACCUCGGUGUGCGGCUUUGUGGUCCUGUCAUCCCCAGCCCACUCCUCUGGAGAUGCUUGGUGUGCAUCUGGGCCAGCUUUGACUGUUCCCAGAGCAGCUGGAUCCAUGCUGGUGCAGGGAAUGGGUAUAGGAGGGCAUGGGAGGAGAUCCAAAAUCUGGAAUUGGGCUGGUUUGCAUUGCUGGGGGAGAAUGUGACAGAGCACAUGGGCAGAGCUGGGAAAGACAGAAUUCCCUGUGCACAGGGAGUGUGUGAAGACUGAAGGAAUAGGGUACCAAACACUCCAGCAUUGCUGUGAAACAGUCAUUUUCUAUUGUGUGUGGAUUAGCUGCCUAGCUGGAAAGAAGCCAUCGCCUUUCUGCAGGAGUUCAGAGCCGGGUCAAUGGAACAGGAAUAUAUUCUUAGAGUGGUACAAAGAGCUGGGGAAAAAGCUGUAGAGUGUUUGAAGUCUCGAGGCAGACAAAGACCGUGGUUCUGCUGCUGUGGUGGCCAGAGUACCAGAGGAGCAGGGGAGAGUCCUGAGCUCUGCUGGCAACAGGGCUCUCAGGAACAGGAAUUUCACACAGCUGUCAGGCCCAGGGAAUGUAGGGCACUCAGAGGACAUGAAUAUUCAGAGGAGCUGUGGCAUGUUGUGCUAGAGGAAAUGAAAAAGCAAAGUUUUCUCAGAAGUAGGUAUCUGGGAAACCUGUGACUGUCGGGGAUAAAAGCAAAUUUCUUUUCUGUGGAGUGGGUUAUCUCAAAUGUUAUUCCAGAAUCCAGCUUUCCAAUUAGCCACUCGUAGUUAGUGCUGGCAGCAGGAUCUGCACUGCUUAAUCCAUUUCUUUGGUGAGAAGUGCCUGUUCUUAGUGCAGGCAAUGCUGCAGGAGUGAGGACUUUGCUCCUUCUUCCUCUACCCUGGCAUCGCUUUUCUUUCCCGUGUGCCUUUGUGCUUGUUCUGUUGCUAACCAGAUCCUGCGGAUUUAGUGUUGUGCUCAGAAGAUCCUCCCAGCCCAGGCUGAGGUGCUCCCAGCUGUGCUGUCAGGCGGUGACAGAUGUCUCGGGUGUGCACACUGAGUGUCCAGCAGUGCUGGCUGCCAGGAUUGGUGUUCCAGGCACAAACGUGCCCCUUGUAGUGCAGAGCUCAGCACAGCCUGUGCAGCAGUGCCCUUGGAGGGCAAGUGAAACCCCUCUCCCUGGGAGCAGUGGGAGCGCUGCUGUCGUUUGUGCUGAGGUUCAAGUAGGCCUUGGGGUGGCAGUUUCAGUUUCCCUUCUGCUUUCCUCUCCCAGAAGGGCGUGCUGGAAAGGGCAGGCAGGGAUGGUGGUGGCUCUUCUGCUUUCCGUGGGGGAGCAUUCCUCCAGGAGACUGGAGCAGAUGAGGGUCAGGCUCUGCACCUAGGGAGUAAGGCACAGCAAAAGAGAAAACAGCCUCAAGUUGUGUCAGGAAGUUCUGGGUUGGAUAUCAGGGAAAAUUUAUUCCCAAAAGGAUUGUCAAGCCGUGGCACAGGCUGCUCAGAGCAGUGUUGGAGUCACCAUUCCUGGAAGUGUUCAAAAACAUGUGGGUGCGGCACUUGAGGACAGGGGUUAAUGGUUGGACUCAAUCAUCUUGGAGGGCUUUUCCAGCCUAAAUUACUCUGCAGUUCAUUCAUUCCAGUUCUUGCAAAUGGUGUACUUGAUGCAGCACGUGGAUGCACCAAACCAUGCAUCCAAAUGCAUGUGAAAGCUGUAUUUUAAGUGUUAAUGGAUUAGACUGUAGGGAUUGAGGGUGUUUCCUGAGCAGCUUGUCUGCCUCUGAAAUCAGAACCCUCUGAUGUUCUUGAUCCACUGUUAGCUGCCCAGAAGCUGUUUAAAGCUGUGAUCCCCAAUUAUGUUUUGAGGGUUUAAUGGCUCUGUUGAGUUGUUUCCCCCUUCCAUUCCAAGAACAUCACUGCAUUGGAAUUUGAGCUGCAUCAGAGAGAAGUAGCCUGGAGCAUGGUGGUCUGAUCCAAAGAAGCAUUUUUCCCCACACAGCUGAGCAAAGCAAAGCUGAAAAGCCCCACUGCAGAGCUUGCAUGGAUGGUGACAUUGCAGCUGACACUGCAGCCCUGGGAUGCUCCAGUGCUCCUGAACAAGCUGAGCACAUGCUGCACAGUCAGCAAGUUGUCACGUGGAGAUGACAAACUGAUCUGAUGUUAAACUAAAGCCACCAAACUGUGCUUUGCUGCUGGGACCAAAAGUGAUGAGCUGGCCUGGGAUUCGUGAGGAAAACGUUAGGCUGAAGUGGGCUGUGGAUAAAGGCUGGCUUUGACUCCUUGGCACUGGAACAACCUUAUUUUGUAGGUCUUCCCCAGUCACCCCAUGCUGUUCCUGCUGACAUGUCCAGUUGUGAUUGUCUAAGUUUGAACUGCAAGAUUUUGAGGACAGAACCUCCCUUUUUCCAAAAUAGUGAGCCUGUUUUUACUGUGCUGCAGAAUCUGUAAAAAUCAAGACACAUCGUGAUUUCCCCAAACUUAGUUCCCCUGGCAUCUCAUUUCAGAACUUUCCCCAGAAAAAAAAAAGGCUUUUCUACUAAAAUCCUGGUUCCUUUUUUUUUUUUGUGUUCUCCCCACCCCAGUAUGUUCAGAAGUGCCUUGAUGCUGUGUGACAUCUGAAAUACUUCCUGUGCAUGUGCUUGCUGUGCUGCCUUUGCUAGAUAAGCAGUAGGCUGUUCUUUUUACAGCAGGCACAUCCCUUCCUGAAGAGGCAGAUGUGGAAUGUUUUCCCUGGGAACAAAUAUUGAUGCCUUGAAUUUCUCUGGACCCUAGUGUACAAGAGGAAUGGAAGAGAACGCUGCUGAAGAGGUGGAUCACACCCCAAGUGAUGCCAGCAUGGGGGUAGAUGUUUUGGAAUCAGGUGACACCACGCCUCCUACAAAGAGGAAAAGCAAGUUCUCAAGCUUUGGCAAGAUUUUCAAACCCUGGAAGUGGAGGAAAAAGAAAAGCAGUGACAAAUUUAAGGAGACUUCAGAAGUUUUAGAACGAAAGAUUUCUAUGCGAAAGCCAAGAGAGGAGCUGGUAAAAAGAGGGGUUCUGUUGGAAGAGCCUGAGCAGGAUGGUGAAGAGCCAGAGAAGCUGAACCCACCUGCACUGAAGAAUGGCCACACUGUCCCCAUUGGGGGCCCUGGGGUCUGUAACCUGCCCAGCCAGGAGGAAGAGGCCACAAAGCCAUCCAGCCUUAGGAAGCCUGCUCCAGUGGAGGAACCUAAGAAGAGGCAGGGCUCCUCCAGCAGCCACCCUGGGCCUGAACUGGAACCACCUCAGGAGCCACAUGUUCCCAGACAACCUCUGCUUCCUCCAAAAAGACCUCCCUCCACUUCCCAGGAGGCAAAUGAAGUACAGGCAAAGGAUCCAACACCUGCCAGCAGCACUGCAAGAACUGCCACCUUCAGCACAGCCUCCACGGCAGCAAAGACAGUCAAUUCCACAGCUGCCCCUUCCCCAGCCCCCAGGACUCUGCUCCCUGCUCCUGCCAGUGCCAACACUACUGCUCCCACCAGUACAACCAGCACAGCUCCUGCCAAACAGCCUCCCGUCCCUCCUCCCAAACCUGCCAACAGAAAUAGCAACUCACUAAUAGCUGAACUUUCUCAAGUAAUGACCAGUGGUACAGCCUUGUCCAAGCCUUCCCCUCCUCUCCCUCCAAAGAGAGGCCUCCUGCCUAACAACACGUCAGAGGCUGUCACCUCUAAGCCCCCAAAUGACAGGACAGUGACAGCGAGUCGCCCUGCACCGAUUCCACUGCACGUGACCUCUGCUUACCCACCGCCCUCGCCCUCGCCGCCGCUGCCCACCCACGUACCCCCUGACCCUCCACGUGUGGCCCUGCCCACCUCCACCCCUGUCCUAGACCCGCCGUGCUCCCUGGACCUGACCAAGGAGACUCCUCCUCCUCUUCCUGAAGACUUCAGAUCCAUGGAAGCAUCGAAGAGGACAGCAGAACAAGGGUUUGGUGAACCCCACGUGCUGCCUCGCCUGCCCCAAAUCCCACUGCACAUUCGUAUCCAGCAGGCUCUGGCCAGCCCUCUGCCUGUCACCCCACCUCCUGAGGGCUCCCACAGGGCUCACUCAUUGCUCUUUGAGAACGAUGGUUUUGGAGAAGACAAUGGCACCCUGGGCAGGACGAGGUCCCUGCCUGUCACCAUUGAGAUGCUCAAAGUUCCAGACGAUGAGGAAGAGGAAGAUGAUGACCAGGAAGAGGAACAGAAUUCAGGUCCUCGUGUGUAUAUUGGAGAUGUGCCAUCUGUCACAGUCAUCCCCAAACUGGUACCCCAGGUCCUCCCAGAGGAGCAGGAAGGAGACGAAGGGAUGAGUGACUCUGACUCGGAGGGGCCCAUCCUGUAUAAAGAUGAUGAGGAUGAGGAAGAAGAUGAAAGCCAUAACAGCACGCUGGCCAACAAAGUGAAGAGGAAAGACACGCUCGCUAUAAAGCUGGGGAGCACAACCGCACCGCAGGAGGAGAAGAUCAUCUUCCCUCGGAAGAGCAAGGAGGAGUGGAAUGAAAUCCGUCAGCAGAUUGGGACAACGCUGAUCAGGCGACUGAGUCAGAGACCAACUGCAGAAGAACUGGAACAGAGGAACAUUCUUCAGCCGAAGAACGAAGCUGACCGUCAAGCAGAGAAGCGCGAGAUCAAGCGCCGGCUCACCAGAAAGCUUAGCCAGAGGCCUACAGUGGCAGAGCUGCAGGCCAGGAAGAUCCUGAGGUUUAAUGAAUAUGUGGAAGUAACAGACGCUCAAGACUAUGACCGGCGAGCAGAUAAGCCAUGGACAAAGCUGACCCCAGCUGACAAGGCAGCCAUCAGGAAGGAGCUGAAUGAGUUUAAGAGCUGUGAAAUGGAAGUGCAUGAGGAGAGCAAGCAGUUCACGAGAUACCAUCGACCAUAAUAUUCCAAGGAGGGAGCAAGAAACCCGCAAGAGCUGGACGUUCUCUGCAUCCCUCUCCUAAGCAAUACAGUGAGGGUGGAACCUCAGCUCUUCCAAGAUUUGCCUUCCAAACAUAUCCAGAAAGGGCUUUUCGGCCAGGGAAGGGGAAUCCUGUCUGAAUGUAGCAUUUCACUGGAACAAACACAUCUCUGAUGCCAUCAGGCUGGAACUGACACUAUACCUCGUGUGGCUCAGCAGUAUGACUCUGCCAGGAGACCGUGCCCAGGGGAGCGACCCCUUCCUUCCUUCCUUCCUUCCCAGCUUGUACAGACUUGUCCUGGGGAGUGCAAUUCCUCAUUUCCUCCUCCUUUCCCUGAGGAAGGGAGAUGAGAAACAAAGGCAGCUCUAGUGUUGGGAAGCUGAGGAGAGCAUGUCCUCAGAAGCAUCUGUGUGUAUAUUAGCUGUGUACAGAGAACCCUGGCAGACAACUGACAUGGCACUUGCAAUUUUUGGGGGUUUUGCUUUUUUGUCAUGUCCUUAAUGCCCUGAAUCACUACUGACCAACGGUUUGUUGUCCUGGAAGGGAACUGUGUAGAUAUUAACAUAUGCUGCAUCUUUUUGUUAAAAAAAAGAAAAAAGAAAAAAAAAACAACAUAUGUAUAAAUGCUCUGCACUCUCUCACACUUGCUGCGAUCUUAAUAACAGAUCUUGAGAUAUUUAGGCUUGUUUAACAAAUUAUAGAACCAGGAAAAAUGACUGUUGCCUUUUUAAAACUUUUUAAUUUGGGGAAACUGUGAGAGUAGUCAGUCCUUUUUAUCGUGGCUUUCUCUCAAAUGUUUUUUACUCUCCCAAAUCAGGGUUGAAGCUUGCCUUUUUCUCAUUUUUACAGCUAAACCUACUGGAAUCUUGAUCGUUUCACUGUGUGGGUCAAAAGGAGGGGAAGAAAAGGUUUAAAAAGUGACCUUAAAAAUGGUAUUUCUCUUCUGAGAGAGAAAUUCUUCCUCAGUGCGGGUUAAUAAAAAAAAUCUGGUAGGGCCACUGCUGUAUUAUGCACAAAACUAAACGAUCUGUGAGAUGCCACUUGUGCGGGGGUUUGGGGUGGGGAAGGGGGGGCGGGAGGGAGAGAACUUUCUCUUGUUCACAGACCAGUGUGGCAACACGCCGGCCGUGGCCCGGCAUCUGCUGGGGCUCUUCCCUCACGGCAUCCCCUGUACAGCCGCCAUUACAUUGUAUAUCAGUCUCCGCAACAACAGAUUUUAAUUAUUAAAUAAAAGUAUUUUAGAACUUUUUUCUUAAA